AGUCUGUGUUUGAUGACGAGGCCCUGACCUUCAAGACAAUGGGGUACAGUGAAAGCGUGAAGCUGAUGAAAAGCGCAAUGACAAUGGAACUGAAUGCCAAAUACGACGAAGUGCAAAAGCGAAACAUCAGAGCCUACAGUGAGAUUGUCGACGAGCCUCUGCAGCGUAUCCGGCCAGAGAUCCAACUGUACGCAGCCGAGUACACAUUGCGUGGCAUGUAUCCCGCGGUCUUCAAGCGAGCGGCUUCUGCGCGGGUGUACGCUGAGAUAGAACGGGCGCUGUCCCAAUUGACCGCAGAGGGUCUGCCCAUGGGCAAACGCAACUGGUCGCAUGAGCUCAAGAGGCGAGUGGCUGACAGAUAUGUCGACGAGAAAAUGUCGCGCGAAAUCAAACAAGUACAAUCGCGAUUCUAUUGGCUCAUGAUCACAACCAUCGUCACCGUUUUGUCAGGCGUCUUCGCCCAUUUUCAGCUUAAGAGCCGCUGAGAGAGUCGAAGCCAUCGUUGCCAACGCGUGGCAAUUCCGUAUUGCAGUUCGGUGUGGCGAGAGAUGAUCAUCCAGCCAUUAAUGCGAAACUAACCAAACCUCAGUCAAACAACACAGAGUUUGGAGCACCGCUUAUCAUGGCAAGCCGGGAAGAGACUCGAAAGGCCUUAGUGCCUACGUGAGAAGUCUUCUGUGUAUAUUCAUGGUGCAGAGAUGUAUCAUGUUUUUAACCCUCGUGGAUGUAUUGGUAUUGUGGGUACAGCGUGUGACCAUCCUACGGUGCUUGAAUAUCGCAGUCGAAUACAGACUUACGCAUAAUGUCGACCGGAUGUCGAACUGGGCAUAUGGUUAUUACCUUGGUUACCAACCGUGCCAAUCGCGUGCGCAGUGCAUAGUCCGACCACCUCUUCGGCAGGCGUGCUAACUCGAAUCAGUGCAGCACAUAUGCAUAUGGCAACGUAGAAUGUUUUAGGGUUCAGGGUUUAAUGGAUGUUCUGAGCGGUCCAAGCGGCUACACUUCAGUGGUUCGCUAGAUAUGUACAGCAGCACGGUCAGCGAACGCCUGUCGCGCACGUCGGUCUGUGAUUCAUCAAAAUUUCGGUCGGUAGUUCUUACAGCAAUAGCAAUCAAGGACUGCAGCGUCACCACCUGUGACAUCUGUGACAUGCAGAUUGUGGCAGCGACCUAACUUCACGGGCAAGCAAUGCGUGAUGGGCAUGUUUUCUAGGCACGAUGAAUAAAAUACAUUCAAGAUCAAGCGUAGUUUC